UUAUGACUCGCCUCCUGCUGCUGUGGAUAAUCUCACCUGUAUACCCUGAAGAUGUGCACUUCCCCAAACCAGUUUAUAUCCACCACUCACCUUCCUGCUUCACUGAGUAGUCUUAUCUGAAAAGCAUACACAACUGCAAAUUAGCUCACGUCAGUUAUUUCAGAUCAUUUCAGCUCUGAAAAAUAACCAUUCACAUCUAGCAAUGAAUGUUCUGAUUAAUUAACAUUAUUACACUGAGUUUACUCUUAUUUGUUCUUCAGAAAAUAAGUGACUUUCAGUGGUGUAAAGUAACAAAUUAUAAAUACUCUCGUUACUGUAAUUGAGUAGUUAUUCUCAGGAAUUGUACUUUAUUAAGUAGUUUAAAACAGUGUACUUUUACUUUUACUUGAGUACAUUUUUAGCGCUGUAUCGGUACUUUUACUGCGCUACUUUCCCUCAACCUGCCGUCGCUACUUUAUAUGUUUAUUUUUUUCCUGUCAACGGUGAUUGGCUAAGGAGAAUAAUCAGUCCCGUGAUUCCCGUCGAAUCAAAUCGCGCAUAGAAAACUUGCAUCAGACAGACUUCAAGACACCUGGCGCCAAUUUAGUUUAAUCAUGGAGGAGGGAGGAAGUGUGGUGGAUGCUUCAACAUGCAACAGCUCAAAUACAGCACUUCAGCAUCCUUGGCCACAAUGAAGCAGCUUUUUGCAGUGAAGGCGAAGAAGGGCAAUUGUGUCAUUAUGUCAUGUCAGCUUUGCCUGCCUAGACCAGUUGAAAUAUCGGCAUUCAAGAGUUCUUCCUCUAAUUUGAAAAAACACAUCGAGAGAAAACAUCCAUCGAAAUUAAAGCAGUACAAUGAAUGUGUCUUGAAAGGAAAAAACUCAGAAGAACAGAGGUGUGAUUCAGCUGUGAAACAGAUGAAGAUUAAAGACUACUCCAUGUCAUGCAGGCAGGUUACUCAGUCCACAAUUGACAGGCUUGUAGUUGAGUUUGUCUGUGAAAGCCUUCAGCCCUUUACCAUAGUUGAACUUCCAACAUUCAAAAAUCUAAUCCAUACAAUGCAACCUAGCUGUACAGUUAUGUCCAGACCAACUGUGAAGUUGAGAAUCGAGGAAGCAGCCGCAAAGGUAAAAAAAAACAUCAUUGCUGAGAUGGCAAAAGUCAGCUAUAUAGGUACCACUACUGAUUGUUGGACAGCUCGACAACGGAGUUACAUCGGUGUAACCGCACACUGGAUCGAUGAAUCUACACUGGAAAGAAGGUCUGCUUCGAUUGCCUUUAGACGCUUGAAAGGAUCACAUACAUUUGAUUUGCUUGCAGGGACCCUGGAUGACAUCCACUCGGAAUAUGGCAUCUCAGGAAAAAUAGUCAGAACAACAACUGCUAGUGGAUCAAAGUUGACUGGUGCUGACUCUGCUGAGGCAGUGACACUGGAGAGUGAGGAAGAUGCAGAAGGAGUUGAGGUUCAGGACACCUGUUCUAUUUUAAACACUAACAGUGGGUUGGAGUAUCAUCUACCCGAGCAUCAGCGUUGCGCGUGUCAUCUUAAGUUGGUGGCUACUGUGGAUACUUCCAAGGCAGAGGACAGCAGUGAGAUAUAUAAGAAGCUUACCCGUUCAACGUUUGCAAAAUGCCAUCAAUGCAGAGAUCGUCCAAGAAGAAUGUAAGCUGCAGUUCAUUCAGCCCAACCACACAAGAUGGAAUUCGGUGUACAGUGCUGCAGAGAGGGUAAUGCGGAUCCUAAAGGAGCAGGGAGAAGCAUCCCUUCGGAAUGUAUGUGCAGCAUUCAAAAUGAAAAUGUCAGUCUGUUUGCUCAAUCUCACAUUG